AUGCCUGACGGUGAUACGACACCCAACAGGUCGAGACGCACAAAACAGAAUGUCAACUACAAUGUUAGGCAGAUGUGGAAUACGGCUGUUGGGAAGGAACCCAAGAAGCGGAGGAAGUUUGGCGACGCGGUGGAAAUUGGGGCGAAUCAGCAAGUUGACGAGCACGUCAUCACCUACCUCCUGCCCCCAGAACAGGUGCAGAUGGUGAAGUUCAUCUGCAUCGUCUGCGCCGCCGAGAACGACAAUUUGACCCAGCUCCGGCUACACUACCAGAGCCACCCACAGUACCUGUUCAGCUUUGAAAUUCGGCCCAAGCUGGGCUGCUGCGUUACUGUCAAGCCCAACAGCGAGAACCCGGGCAGUCCGCUCAGACCUAAGGUGUACCAGCUUGGUCUACCGGUGGAACCGCUGGAUGUGGAAAAAUAUGUGAAUGGGGACGAGAGCUGGCUUGAGCAUAGGCUGGGUCCGGACAACGAUAGGGAUGUUGUGAAUAAUGGGAAGCCGGCGAAGCCACAGCCAAAACCGGCCCCCCAAAAACCCACCAGACCAGCCGUCCUUGUUCCCAAGACGAAGCAGCCACUCUUUGACCCAUACAGUAAAGUUGCCCUCGAACCCGGCACCCCAGUCCCUCAGUACCCGAUAGACGACUCCUGGCUCUUGCUUAAGCACCGCGAGGCCCUUCAGGAUUUCAUCGAUCUCAACCACGAAGAAAAAGAGUACAUGCAAGAAUGGGACGCCUUUAUUCUCCGGAAGCAUCUUUCAUCACAGCAGUACCUGCCUAAGGCCUUUUUGCAAUUCGUGAAGGACAAGGCGGGGUGGCUGGUGGAGAAGCAGGCGAGGGCGGAAGAGUUUAGUAAACAUGUUAGCACGCUGUUGGCGAGGAGGGUGUUGGGGGAGAAUGAGGUGAUUGAGUCGACGGCGUUGCUGAAUGAGGCGAGGGAAAGGAAGAGCAAAGCGGUGAAUGGAGAGGUUAGUGGUGGGGGUGGUGAGGAGGGGAGGAAGGGGAAGAGGACUGGGGGGUGUUGCGUGGGAUGUGGGGAGCCGGUGCCGGUCAGUGAGAUGGUUGUUUGUGGGAACAAGGAAUGCACAAACCGGUUGUGGCACGAUCGCUGUGUAGACGAUAAGAAGACAGCGAAGAAACUGGGCAGGAAAUGGAAGUGCAAGGGCUGCAGGGUUUAG